GGGCUGCAGUCGCGGUCCGCGAGGCGGGACGCUGGCGCUGUCCGGACGCCGCGGAGGCCCCGCCAGCCGAGGGCGUUCGAACGGGGGUCUGCGCGUUUCGCCUUCCCCGCCCGAUGUUGCCACCCGGCUGCUGAUCGCAUCACGCCGCUGGUCCCACGCGGGCGUGAGGCCGUAGAGGUCCCGUAGAGGCUGGAAACCUUCGCAAAGCGGGAGUAAUGGAAGUGAAUUGUUUAACACUAAAAGACCUGAUCAACCCCAGGCAGCCCAGACUAGAUUUUGCCACUGAAGAUGGGGAAAAUGCACAAAAGGAAAAUAUAUUUGUUGAUCGAUCAAGGAUGGCCCCGAAAACUCCAAUAAAAAAUGAACCAAUUGAUUUAUCGAAGCAAAAAAUCUUCACUCCAGAAAAAAACCCCAUUACUCCAGUUAAGCUUGUGGACAGACAGCAGACAGAACCAUGGACGCCCACAGCUAACCUGAAGAUGCUCAUUAGUGCUGCCAGCCCUGACAUAAGAGAUUGGGAGAAGAAGAAGGGACUGUUCAGACCCAUUGAGAACAAGGAUGAAGUGUUUACAGACUCUCUGCAGCUUCGUGUUGUGGGGGAUGUUGCUGUGGAGAAAUUUGAGAAACGCAGGCCGAGCAGAAAACAGAAAAGUCUAGGACUCCUGUGCCAGAAGUUUCUAGCUCGCUAUCCAAGUUAUCCCUUGUCAGCUGAGAAAACCACCAUCUCCCUAGAUGAAGUGGCUGUCAGUCUUGGCGUUGAAAGGAGACGCAUCUAUGACAUUGUGAACGUGCUGGAGUCACUGCACCUGGUCAGCCGGCUGGCCAAGAACCAGUAUGGCUGGCACGGACGGCACAGCCUGCCGAGGACCCUGCGGAACCUCCAGAGACUAGGAGAAGAGCAGAAGUAUGAGGAGCAGAUGGCAUCCCUCCAGCAGAGGGAGCUGGACCUGAUGGAUUACAAAUUUGGAGAACGUAAAAAAGAUGGCUGUGCAGAUCCCCACGAUCAACAGUUGCUGGAUUUCUCGGAGCCCGACUGUCCCUCCUCAUCUGCAAAUAGAAAAGACAAGUCUCUGAGAAUCAUGAGCCAGAAGUUUGUCAUGCUGUUCCUCGUCUCUAAAACCAAGAUUGUUACUCUCGAUGUGGCUGCCAAAAUCCUGAUAGAAGGAAGCCAGAAUGUGCUGGACCACAGUAAAUUUAAAACAAAGGUCCGACGUCUCUAUGACAUCGCCAAUGUCCUGACCAGCCUGGCUCUGAUCAAGAAAGUGCACGUGACGGAAGAGCGAGGCCGUAAGCCAGCCUUCAAGUGGAUCGGGCCUGUGGACUUCGCCUCCAGUGAUGAAGAACUAGUGGAUGUUGCUGCAUCUGUCUUACCAGAACUGAAAAGUGAAAUGUACAGCAAAGUUCACGUCUGUGCUGCACAGAAGCUGGCUCGACGUGGCUCCUUCAACAGAGUUCCAGCUUCUGAGAGGAGUCACAGGAAAGUGAACUCGGGACCCAGCAGCCCUUCCAGGGAAGAACAAGGACCAGGUGGCUUCCUAGAAAUUGGAAGUCUGGCAGCUAUUUACCAACAGCAAAUAGAAGACAAGCCACAGGGCAAAGCCUUGGACGGGGAGGGGGUGACGCUUCCAUCCAGCAGCCUGGACCCCGCCGCUCCUUUGCCUGUCCACCCUGUGGACUCAGAAUACUGUGUCAAUCCUUUAGUCCACCAGGUGUUUUCUGCAAGGCCUCAGACGGACUUGCAGGCCUUCUCCACACAGAAUGGUCUGAAUAGACAAGUAGGUGUCUCCCUCGCUUCUGCGGCCUCAGACGUGGAGAGCCUGAAGCCAGGCCUGCUGGCCGGCCAGCCCCUGCUGUACGUGCCCUCCACCUCUCUGUUCAUGCUGUGCGGAAGCCUGCGGGAGGGACCGCUCCCGGAGCCCGGGUCCGAGAGGGACAGCAGAGGCUCAGAGGCCUCAGCCGCAGCGCUGUGGUCCACGCCUGCAGCCCAGAAGCGCCUGAGUGAGGAGAGGCAGCUGCCGGAGGAGGAGGAGGAGGAGCCGGCCGCUAAAAGACAAAGCAGGGGCUACGAAGACGGCCCUCUGUCCCUGGUCAUGCCCAAGAAAUCCGCAGAUUCCUCAGAUGUUGCCUCUCCCAAGAUGCGGGGUAACAGGGCAUCUGUGUUCCUUGAAGACAUGCCCUUGAAUAGCCACCUGCCUGCUGCAAGGGGCGUUUGGGGAAAAGCUCCAGCACAUGCCUUCGUUUCUUCCGAGUGGGGAAGUCUUCCAAGGAACACAGAGACUGAAAAGCCUUUGCAAGAAAAUGAAGGCACCACCGAGCCCUCUUUGCUGCAGUGUCUUUACGUGCAGCCACCAGCCGGAUUAAAUGGUCUCAAUGUGCUCUUACCUGGUAGCCAGACCCCUCAUGCUAUGAGACCACCUUCGGGUCAGCUGCCACCCCUUGGUGUCCCUUGCAUGGUCUUACCAUCUUCGACACUGGGCCCAUUUCCUGUUCUCUACUCUCCCACAAUGGCUGGGCCGGUUUCCCCUGCUCCUGGCACUGUCCCAAACAUGGGACCUGGGAAUUUCCGCUUGCCAGGCCUCGGAUCAACGCCUCAUCUUCUCAUCGGCCCUGCAGCCCUGGUUAACCCAAACUCCUCAACACUCUCUCCGGCAGACCCUCAGCUUCAGGGUCCCCACUCACUUAACCAGAGUCCAGUGAUGUCCAGACCCCACAACGCCACCCAGCCCACAUCCCCAGUGUACGAAGGACACCCAGGCUCUGUAGUGAAAUUACAGCAGUCCCCGACUCCAGGGACCCCCAAGAGCACCCGACACACACAUUGUGAGACAUUCUUCAAGACGCCCGGCAGCCUUGGAGACCGGGUCCUUAGGAGAAGAGAGAGUAAGCAGUCGCAAAGCGCCAGCUCGGCGCAGCGGAGACUUGAAAUACCCAGCGGCGGUGCCCACUAGCCGGGUGCUCUGCCCGAUGGCGUGCCUCAGACCGCCCGAGCUUCCCUGUCUGUCACGGGUCAGGUCCUGGCGCUGGAGCGAAGCAGAAUGCACGCCAUCGCGCCUUUCACCCUCUGGUCCUCACGUUAACUUCCCAUCACCGUCUAUUCUCCUGAAAGUCAUUGUUACUAAUUGUGCGUUUAGUACCCAUUAGCGCCCAGACUCUGUGCCUGGUGUCGCAGGGAAAGCGCCCGCUGACUUGUGUUCCUGCUCCAAGAAUUCUCUAUUUGCUCGAAGUAGAUCGGAACAGGCUACUGGAGCCUGUGGUUUCCCUAAAGGUGGGGCCUGUCCAGCACUUAGCCAGGGUGAGUGUCCCUGACGUGUCUUUCCACUCGCCCUGAGUAGAUCUGUGGUGAGAGAGCCUUCCUUUCUGCAGAUUAAAAAGCUAAGGCUUCUAGGCUUCAUCAGGAAGACAGCUACGGUGAAUCCUACCGUGUUAUUUAUUGUGUUCCCGGAAUGGGACUUAGUGCAAAAAGUUUACAAGUACAGUGGGGCCUUGACUUACGAAUGUCCCGGCUAACGAGUUUUUUGAGAUACCAGCUGUCUCUCGGCCGAUUUUUUGCAUUGAGUUGAUAGAGUAAUUUGAGUUAACGAGCUCCUUAACGAGCUCGGUCUCGGACCGAAUUAAACUCGUAAGUCAAGGCCCCACUGUACAGCAAAACAUGCUCUUCAGGGUGUGACGACUUGAAUGUUUGUGCUUUCCCCCUAUAAUUUGCCCUGCACUUACUUUACAACUUAGAGAUAAUGUGGAUAAUGUUGGUACACAUGACAGAAUGUCAAGACCAAAAUAACUGUGAAUGGCACACCUUGCUACAACGGAUGUGCUAGCCCUGUCUGGGCACAAGAGCUUCGAUGAACUACAGCGGCCGAACCGCUGCUUCUCUCAGUUAACUGUGGACCAAAAAAAAAAACCUUACUGUGUUCGCUGUCCUUCACUACAUACCCCUGUGGGGUUCUUUUUUUUUAUUAUUUAAAUAUUAAAUGUCAGGUCUGGAUGCCUUCUAACAAUUGCUCUUCAUUGAGUAAAUCAGGGGGGUGGGAAGUAAUUGUAUGGGAAAUUGGAAUCUGAAUAGGACCUUUUGGUAGAAUUCUGAAGAAUUAAUGUAGAAACUGAUAAUAGGACAAUAGGUGAUUAUUUUUUCCUUUACGUUUUGUCUUCAGUUUGGAAGGGUGAGAGGAAAGUGGACACAGGUUGUUGAGUACCCAAGAGCAUUCAAACCAGAGUUAUGUUUAGAGGACCGCAGAGCAAGCACGUGAAAACAGGGGCUUAUAGUUCAGCGUGACUGCAAUUUGGGAAGCUGUCAUGCAGUCUCCCUUUGUCAACCCGGAUUACUUCAGGGCUUCGGUACAUAGCCAGACGAGAUCUUUGUAUGCCUAAAUUUAUUGAUCUUAACCUCACUCCUGUUUCUUCAGAAUAAAUGGGUCCUUCCCUUCCUCUUUCUUCAUUCCUUUCUCUUUUUUUAAAUUUCUAUCUUGGAUUUGGAGUCUUGGUUUAGGGUUUUAUUUUAUUUUUAUUUUUGGACCCAAUAAAAUGUUAUAUGAAAGAAUAAAAAUGUUAAUUUAAGAGACUCUGGGAGUCUGUGUAAAGUAGCUUUAUAUUAACUACCGGAUAUUUUUAGCCUUAAUACCCCCAUAAGAUUUUUUUUUUUUAAACUAAAAGUAGGUAGUUAGAAUAAGUAAAUUUGCUACCAUAUAAAAUUUUACUAACACUAAACUUUUAAAGUUUACAAGAUGCUAUUUUUCCCCUUUUUUACAACCUUCUCUGGAAUUCAACA